CUCAACCGAAUCAUCACAAGCGACCCUCUGAGUCUCUAUCUCGUUCUCUGGUUCUGCUAUUCACAAGCAAUUUGCUACUGUAGGAACGCUACAAGCUCAAGUCAUGUCCUCUAACGGACUGCCGUCGCUACGCAAGAAGAAGAGCUCAAAAGAUGCGCCGCGUCGCAAGUCUCUGUUUGAUGGAGGGCCUCCAGAAGUUGGCUCCAAAGAGAAGAACAGAGUGCAAGACAGAAUCAAGCGUAGACUCUCUACAAAGAUCUCUCAUCCAAUCAACCUGAUGCCUAGUCAGCCGCUCCCAUCGAACGCUAUGCAGAAUAUCACCAACCACAGAACGCCCAUCAUCCCGCAAGAGGCGCGGCAACAGCAUCAACAACGGCAGCAGGAGAAGCUAGAAGCUCGAGCAGCUGGGCAGUCUCGCUCGCGCCCGGCCUUUGACCCAAAGGUGUUUCGCGAUCCCAAUUUUAAUGCUGAUGCAUAUGUCAAGCAGAUGCUGGCAAGCGCUUCGCCGGAAGAGUUGGAUGGCUUCUAUCGCAAUUUGCGUGACAAUGGGGAAGCAGUCAAUGACGAGAUGCAGAAGAACGUCUUCAAUAACUACAAGGACUUUAUCAUUAUUAGCAAGGAGAUUGGCACAAUUCAAGCAGACAUGGCUAGCCUACGAGACUUGCUCGGCGAAUUACAAACCGUCACAACGACACUAACAGAAGACGCUGAAGCAGCCAUAACCUCUGCCGAUCAACAACAAGGCCCAAGUAAUGGCGCUUCGCCGGCCGUGCAAGGCACUUCUCGACGAGGUCAGCGCAAUUCCAUUGUUGACUUUCACCAGCUCAACAAGUAUCACCUCCAAGCACUUUGGCAGCAGAUAGAAGGCUCUCAAAAGUUUCUACCAGCGGACGAGGGUCGUCGAGUUGUGCGCGAGUCAGGCGCUUGGGCAGAACUGAAUGCUGCCACGUGGAGGCCAAAAGGGAAGGUCCACCUGGUCUUGUUGAAUGAUCACUUGCUUGUCGCUGCAAAAAGGCCCAAGCCAAGUGGAUCAGGCCAUCGUCUUAUUGCUGAACAAUGCUUCCCCCUUCAGGAGAUACGGCUGAGCGGCUUCGAUGAAGAAGGCAUGGAGGAUGCCAUCUCAGUACGCAUGUCUGGCAGUCGCGAAAAGUUUGCAUUCCGUGCCAAUACAGUGGAGGAAAAGGCCGUGAUGCUAAAGGCCGCCAAGCAUGAGCUAGGAGAACUACAAGCGUCAAUGCGAGAACGAGGAGAACAAAUGGCACAGCAAGGCGACGCACAAGCAAUCGACGUGACACGCGCGACGCAAAUCAAGCGGCUAUCACGACGCCUAUCCAAACAAGGGCUUGGUGUGGACAGCCCACAGGUGGAUGCUGAAGUUGAUCUGGAAGUUGUACGGGAACGUAUUGAUGAACUCGAUCAGUGCAUUGCGCACCGUCAAUUCAAACAAGCCGUGCGUUCAAUCGGCCGAGGUCGCCAGCUUGUACAAGAAUCUGGACCCCAAGAUCUCGCCGCUCAACUAACGGCUCUCCAGUUGGAUGAACGCGCCGAGCGCCUGUCUCGCUUGCUUGCUGCAGAGUUGGCUGCAGAAGCACACAAGCCACAUUCAGUCGUUCGACUUGCCCGAUUCCUAGUUGCGAUGGGCGCGAGUUCGACGGCGAGAAAGGCAUACUUGGAUGCGCGCGCAGCCACUAUCCGGCAACGCAGCAGGCAAGUCAGUUUUGACGCCGAUCUGCCUAUUUAUCUGUCAGACGUGGCAACUGUCACGUUUCAUCUGAUCAAGCAGUCAGCGUAUGCGUACCUGCAUGCUUUUACCAGCAUUGUCCUACCGACUGGCCAAAAUAGCUCCAUGGGCUUAUUGGGGACCAACAAGGACCUCUUCAACUCUAUAGAGAGUGCUAGUGCCACUUCAGCGUUCGUUGCUUGGUCGGCAAACCAGGUUGAAUUAUUUGCCAAGCUUUUCAAUGCACAGACGUGGGGUCUUGAACCAGACUCGGAGACGUAUCGUGCGUGCCUUGAAGCAGUAUCUCGCCAGAUGGCAGUCUUGAGAGAUGUAGGCAUGGAUUUGCACUGUGCGGCGCAACGUUCACUAGGUAUGAGCACAGCAUGAAUAUAGGCGAACAGCAAUUUAGAAUCCCGCAAGAGCAAGCGCCAACUGCUACACACUUUCGAUCAAUGAAACACACUAUGCAAAAACAAGAAUGAAUGACACGGUGGGGCCAAAGUGGUUUAUUUGACUCCAAGAAUAGGUUGCUCGAGAUCUUGUCCACCACUCUGUCGACGCCGGUGGUCUUCAUCGAUAUGAUGCACGAUGCCGGUAUCAUCAUGAUGCAACGUGAUGCUGUUGAAAUUACCAAAGG